AUGACCCAGAUCAAAGACUAUAACGCACCACUUCCCUUUGACAUAUGGCAUCGAAUCCUCUUCCAUCUCUCGGCGUUGCUCGGUCCAUUCUCCAACCUCGACCACGUCAAGACUUUGCCAGCACAGCGCCGGCUCCUCUCGUGGGAGACGGGGCGCCCUUACAUGAAGCAGUGGCUAGACCUUCGUCUCGUCUGCCGCGAAUGGGCCGACUGGAAUUGGAUCCCGCUCAGAUCAUUUCGUGACCAAGACCAAGACCAUACCCGCGCCAGAGGUCCAGUCUCGUGGAUACACAUCGACGCCACGGAUACAACGCUCACGCGCUUUUGCGAAUUCAUUAGACCAACCCUGGUAGCGAGCCAGAUUGUCACUCUGUCCAUCUCAACCAAAUCCACAGAGUGCGCUAAAAAAGCACUAGAAUCCGGUAAACUUCUCCCCAAUGUUCGCAACCUUUCAGUGGAUGCAAGUUGCUGGAUACCCCUCUUCUGGACACGCCUUUACUCGUCGUUCCCAGAUGUUACCACUCUACGCCUGCGUAACAUUGGAGGCGGGGACGAUUCCCUCCAGAAUAUUCCAGAGGAGAUGAUUCUACUCAGCCUACAGUAUCUAGAACUGGACAAUGUCAUUGGUGGAAUUGUCGCCGUAUUCAAAUUACCCUCCCUGAAGCAUAUCGUAUUAACGGGGUUCAGCAUGUAUAGACCCCUCGUCUUCAGUCUUGGGGAGCAGCUCGAGUACGUGUCUUUAAACCACACAUUUGGUCACGUUCUCUCACCUUGGUUCUGGACAGAGAUGUCCAAGCUCCAGGUGCUCGAGUUGCAGGCCCCCACGGCCCUCAGAACAUCACCACCGCCUCUUGAUCACCCAUUCCAGUAUUUGAUCAUACAAACAUCCCAGGUACGGGGGGCGCACGGCGUCUUAAUGGUUCCAGCUAUCAUUUACAAGCUAUCAACCUACUCGAGGAUACAAAAUUUCUCAAUCAGCACUCGUGGGUGGACAUUCUGGGAGAGAAUGUGGCUGCAAAACGCCUGCCACCGCCAAGGGAUCAAGUUUGUCGAGUUACCGGCCAUGUUGGGCUCGAGUAAUGACUCUUUCAUCGGUGUUCUCAGUAACGAAAUUACGAGGACACUCAACUCCACGUUACAAAGACUAACAGGCGUUGCCCUUGGAUGGGACCCUUGUCUCCCUCCUGGAAUUUAA